AUGUCUUUCUCGGCAGACAAAGUCAGUCAUCUCAAGGGCGCGUUCUCCCAGAGGCGCUUCUCGAGUUCGAAGGAUCCUAGCGAGAGUGAACUCGGAUCCUCCAUCCAUCGCCAAUUCCGCCAGUCGCACGAAGGCCACAAGCCACACGCCGGUCUCGACGCUACACGCGCCUCCACAGGUGUCGUCUGGACAUCCGAACAAGCCUAUAAGCACGGUUUCCUCGAACACCCAGAAGAAUGGGCAAACCUCGGUCAGGGUGCGCCUGAAGUCGACGACAGCAUCAAAGGCUGCUUUGAGAGGCCGAAGGAGGUCGAUAUCAGUGCCCAUGGCAGAGAAUACGGCCCAACUGCCGGUAUCAGGCCGCUGAGAGAGGCGGUCGCGACACUAUACAAUGAGCACCACCGCAAGUGGCGCAAGAGCCAGUACACAUGGGAGAAUGUGUGUAUUGUGCCUGGUGGACGUGCGGGUUUGAUCCGUAUUGCUGCUGUGUUGGGUAACUGCUACUUGGGCUUCUUCAUUCCUGACUACACUGCGUACAACGAGAUGUUGUCGCUCUUCCGUAACAUCGCUGCUAUUCCCGUUCCCCUAGGCGAGGCCGAUCAGUACCACAUGUCUCCCGACAAGAUUGCUGAGGAAAUCGCUCGCGGUACCUCUGUUAUUCUCACAUCGAACCCGAGGAACCCGACUGGCCAGAUGGUCACCAACCCCGAACUCGCACAAAUCCAGAACAUCUGCCGAGACCGCGCAACCCUGAUCAUGGACGAGUUCUACUGCGGAUACAACUACACCACCAACUGCGACGGCACCGUCAUCUCGGCCGCCGACAACGUCGAAGACGUAGACGAGGACGACGUACUCAUCAUCGAUGGACUCACCAAGCGCUUCCGCCUCCCCGGCUGGCGUGUAGCAUGGGUCAUCGGCCCCAAGGAAUUCAUCCAAGCCAUCGGCUCCUGCGGUUCCUACCUCGACGGUGGCUGCAACGUGCCCUUCCAAGAAGCCGCCGUAGAAAUGCUCUCACCACCCCGCGUCCGCAACGAAAUGCGCGCUCUGCAAAUGCACUUCCGCACCAAGCGCGACUUCGUCAUUGGCCGUCUCCAGGAAAUCGGCUUCAAGUUCCCGUACAUGCCCAACUCGACCUUCUACCUCUGGCUCGAUCUGUCGAACUUGCCCGAAGGUAUCAACGACGGUUUGAACUUCUUCCAGGCUUGUCUCGAGGAGAAGGUCAUUGUUGUGCCUGGUAUUUUCUUCGAUUUGAACCCUAGCCGUCGCAGGGAUCUGUUUGAUUCACCGUGCCAUCACUUUGUUAGGUUGAGCUACGGACCGAGGAUGGAUGUUUUGGAGAAGGGACUGGAUUCUAUUGAGAGGAUUGUGAAGAAGUACAGGGAAGAGCCCCAGAGGCAUCGGGCUGUGGCGCACAGGCCGCGUGGUACUGGAGCACCCAACUAG